AUGAGCAGUGACGGGCCUCCACCGAACCAGGCCUCCCAGGAAUCGGGAGAUGACCCCAUCUACGCCCAGACAAAUGUCGCCGUCUGGGUGCUGACCGCCGCGUCGGGCGCCUUCCUCCUCGUCCGCAUCUGGUGCCGCCAUCGAUACUCCAAGUUGUGGUAUGACGACGGGGUGCUUCUGUUGUCAUGGACCAUCUUAUUAGUAGCGGCAGCGCUGCUUAGCCGCACGAUUAGCGGUGGCUUCGAGACCGACGACGACAAGCGUAGCUUCUUCCUCUUCCAGAACACCUCUACCUCGUUCACCACCAUCGCGACAGCCUGGACCAAGGUCGCCUUCGCCAUCACCCUAGUGCGCAUCGUCCGGAACCGCUAUCUGCUUUACUUUUUGUGGGUCGUCAUCAUCACGGCCAACCUCAUUCUCGCCUUGGGCCUCAUCUCGAUAUGGGUCCCUGCAUGCGAAGACCCCCGGGCCGUGCUCCGGCCCGAAAACUACAUGUGCUUUGACCUCAUCUACCUCAAGUACUUUGGUGGAACCACGAUUGUAUAUGGUGGCGUGAUCGACGUCCUCCUCGCUCUUUUCCCGUGGUUUAUCAUCCGCAAGUUACUCCUCGAACCCCGAGAAAAGGUCGGCCUCACGGUGGCCAUGAGCCUUGGGGCCCUCAACGGUGCUAUUGUCAUCUUUCGCGCCUUCUACCAACUAAAGAGGAUAGACAAUGACUACUACUUCAUGGUGUUCAUGUCAAUCUUCAACUUCCUCGAGCCCGGCGUCACCAUCAUCGCGCAGGCCAUCCCCAUGUUCCGCGUCCUCGUGGUCAACGUCAAGCGCGGCUCAAACGCAGUCCGCAUCACCUCACCAACCGGCGUGGACGGCACAAGUUCCGGUUCGGCACCGGUGCGGUCGUGGGGUAGCAGGGGACCUUAUAAUCAGCACCGCAAACUGGUGGACGAAGAGAUGCUGCCGGUGCACAUUACUAAUUCGGAAGGGCCCAGUGCCGCGUCAUCGGCAGGGCCGGCGGGCUCGGGUUCGGAUGUGGAUCUGAAAUGUCGAGAGAAUAGGAGUUGGUUAGCGGGUUGA